ACACGUAAAUUAUACCAGCCAGCUAAAGACAUCAAGUUAAAAUUUGUAUGAAAUUACCUUGCACUCUUGUGGAUAAAAUGCAGUUUUGCUAUCUGUUUUCGAAUAGCAAAGUAAGCCUUUACCAGUUGGUGUGGUGAAAAAGAUUUUAAUUUGACUUCCGACCGAUUGUCAUUCAAUGUCAAAGCUGUCAAAACUUAUCGUAGGUCGUAGGUAGUUCACGGAGUUGGCUGGUUCAGUUGGUUGUCAGUUUUCAGUUUCUUAUCUCAUCAAAUAUAUAACUCGCAUCGUCAUAUUAUUAAUCUCGCGAUUGUCACAAUUCAAUAAAUGAAAAUAGAUAUAAAAAUAGAAUACUGUAGGUAUUAGCGAACAAGUGGACCGCAACGCAAGUUAAAAAAAAUACCCGAGCGCGUAUAGUGUUCAAGAAAGUAAAAGUGUUCAAGACAGCAUCAUGGAUAAAGUUCUGCCGAAGACCAUGAAAGCCGUUGGGCUUUAUAAGUACCUGCCAAUUGCAGAAACUGAGAGCCUCUUGAAUUUGGAGGUUCCCAUUCCAAAAGUAAGAAGUACUGAUGUGUUGGUGGAAGUUAAAGCAACAGCUGUUAACCCUAUAGAUACAAAACAGCGGGCACCUAAGCCAGUUCCUCCUACACAAGAAUUUCCUCGUAUCUUGGGCUGGGAUGGUGCAGGUGUAAUUGCAGCUAAAGGUGAGAAAUCUAAAUAUUUCAAUGUUGGCGAUGAAGUCUUUUUCACAGCGGACUUGAGAAAAAAUGGAUCAAAUGCUCAAUAUGUUGCCAUAGAUGAAGUAAUGGUAGGAGUUAAACCAAAAAAUUUAACAUUUGAACAAGCUGCUGCAAUGCCUUUAACUACUGUCACAGCUUAUGAGUCUUUGUAUGAUCGGCUGCUCCUCUCAGAAAAGGAUAAAGGGAAAACUCUGUUAAUUAUUAAUAGCGCUGGUGGUGUAGGUUCUGUGGCAUCUCAGUUAGCUAAGAACCUCGGACUGAAGGUGAUUGGGACAGCGUCCCGGACAGAGACGGAAGCUUUCAGUCUUCAACAUGGAGCGGAUAUUGUUCUAAAUCAUACUAAAGAUUUAUUGCCUCAAUUAGAAGCACAUGGAUAUAAAAAUGGAGUUGAAUAUAUAUUGGUUAAUUAUGACCCUUAUCCUUAUUGGGACACAAUAAUUUCAGCCGCUAAGGCCCAGGGCAAGAUUUGCCUCAUAGUGGACAGCAGUGGUUUGGUUGAUAUAAGACAACUUAAAGAUAAAAGUCUUACUCUUGUCUCUGAAAUGAUGGCCACCAAAAUUAAGUAUGAAACUGAGGACAAGAUUAGAUAUCAUGAAAUCUUUGAGGAUGUAACUAGAAUGUUCGAGGCUGGUAUUUUAAAAUCAACAUUGACAAAGACUAUGUCACCAAUUAAUGCUGAAAAUCUUAAGGAGGCCCAUAGGCUUUUAGAAGAGAAGAAAGUCAUUGGGAAGAUUGUCCUCAGUGGAUUUUAAACUUAUUUUAAUAUAUCUGUGUUCUUGUAAAAUAAAGUACCAAUUCAGUUGU